AUGGCCGGCCGAGUCUCGGGUAGCUAUCCCGGCUCGGGGGAGGCGGGAGAGGGGAAGGCGGCGCUUUCGCCUUCGAACACAGUGUACGGAGGAGCGCAACAAGUCAAAGGUGGGGAGGUCUCCGUCCUGCACAGUAAUAAUGGGCAUCGACAUGCGCAGAAUCCGGAGGGAAUUGAAAAAGAGCAGCUAUCGCAGCCGAGCUGGCUUCGAGGCGUGGAGGACACCUGGUGGGUCAGUGCAGGACCGCAUGACUUGGAGCGGGCCCCCGCAGGGUUGCCGACGCUGGAAGCGGGCGAAGGCAUGCCUCAUGGGAUGGGAACGGAUGCGAAGAUCCCUCCAACUGCCACGGAUGGUCACGGGCUUGAGAAUCUCUGA